GUUGACAUUUGAUACCGAUUCAAGAGUUUAUAAAUUUCACAAGUUGUAUUUUGUAUACCGGUUGUGUUUUUUUUGUUUUUAAUAAUUUGUGAGUAUUUAAAAGCCUAGUUUAGUUAUUUGGUUGUUAAAUAGUAAGUUAUGACUUCGAUUAUUAAAUUACACACCCUUUCUGGGGCAAUGGACGAGUCGCCUCCAUGCUACUUGCUUCAAAUAGACGAUGUCCGUAUCCUCUUGGAUUGUGGCUGGGAUGAGAAAUUCGAUCCGAACUUUGCUAAAGAACUCAAAAAACACGUCAAUACCAUCGAUGCAGUAUUACUAUCCCAUCCCGAUAAUGUGCACUUGGGAGCUUUGCCAUACCUUGUUGGCAAGCUAGGUCUCAAUUGUCCAAUAUAUGCGACGAUACCUGUCUUUAAGAUGGGACAAAUGUUUAUGUACGACCUCUAUAUGUCGCACUACAAUAUGUACGACUUUGAUUUGUAUUCUCUGGACGAUGUUGAUGCUGCUUUCGAUAAGAUAAUCCAACUCAAAUACAAUCAGACGGUUCCGCUAAAAGGAAAGGGCUACGGAAUUGUCAUUUGUCCCAUUCAGGCUGGUCACAUGGUGGGAGGAACCAUUUGGAAGAUCCUGAAGGACGGCGAAGAAGACAUUGUGUAUGCAAUCGACUACAACCACAAGAAAGAAAGACAUCUCAAUAGUUGUGAGUUGGGGCGGCUGCAGAGACCCUCGCUUCUUAUUACAGAUGCAUUCAAUGCGAGCUACCAACAGGCAAGACGUAGAGCUAGAGAUGAGAAACUCAUGACGAACAUCCUACAGACAGUGCGAAACAACGGAAAUGUUUUGAUUGCAGCUGAUACCGCCGGAAGGGUUCUCGAGCUCGCCCACAUGCUCGACCAAUUGUGGAAGAACAAGGAAUCUGGGCUGAUGGCCUAUUCCCUGGCUCUGCUUAAUAACGUCUGCUACAACGUUAUCGAGUUUGCAAAGUCACAAAUCGAAUGGAUGAGCGAUAAACUAAUGAAGUCAUUCGAAGGCGCCCGGAACAAUCCCUUCCAAUUUAAACACAUGAAGUUCUGUCACAACAUCAACGACCUUCUUAAGAUGCACAGUCCCAAGGUUGUUUUGGCAAGCACACCCGACAUGGAAAGCGGAUUCGCCCGAGAACUGUUUCUGAUGUGGGCGCAGAAUCCCAACAACAGCAUCAUUCUCACUUCUAGGUCCUCACCGGACACUCUCGCCCGUGAUCUGCUCGAAAACGGUGGAAAUGGACGUACAAUAGAGUUGGACGUCCGAAAAAGAGUCGAGCUCCAGGGAAACGAACUAGAGGAAUACCAGAGGUCCCAGGAGAAGACCAGCAGCCUACUGGAAAUUCAAAAAGAAGAUAAAUACAGCUCAGAGUCCGAGGAUGAGAUUGAAAUCAGUGUGAUAACAGGCAGGCAUGAUAUCGUCCUACGGCCAGGUAGCAAGCAGCACAUCGGGUUCUUCAAAUCGAACAAGAAACACCACGUUAUGUACCCCUAUUCCGAGGGAAAGAUAAAAAGCGAUGAAUACGGCGAGAUCAUCAACUUGGAAGAUUAUCGCAUUGCCGAUAGCAACACUGAGGUUGCCAUUGAGCAGGCAGCAACCGAGGCACAACUGAAGGACGAAAAGCAAAAGGAGGAAAUCAAACUCCUUGAGAAACCAACAAAAUGCUUGAGCAGCCGCAAAUCGAUCGAAGUCAAUGCCCAAAUUCAGUUCAUCGACUUUGAGGGACGUUCAGAUGGUGAAUCAAUGCUAAAGAUCCUCUCACAGCUUCGUCCUCGGCGAGUUGUCGUUGUCCGAGGACAACCCCAAUCCAUCGAGGUUUUGGCCAAGCAUUGUCAUCAAAACAUCAAUGCCAAAGUCUUCACCCCCGAAAAGGGCGAAGUCAUCGAUGUGACAUCGGAACGUCACAUUUACCAGAUUCGACUGACCGAAGGCCUGGUCUCGCAGCUGCAAUUCCAAAAAUGCAAAUCGGCCGAAGUUGCCUGGAUCGACUCGCAGAUUACCAUGCGAAAUAAACAAAUCGACAGCGUACAAGAUGCUGACACCGACAAAAACAAACAACCUGAAACGACCAAAAACAACGAAAGGGAUAUCUACAAUUUGCAGCCCUUCGAUGUGGACGAAAUACCCAUUCAUAAGACUGUCUUGAUAAACGAGUUGCGAUUGUCUGACUUCAAGCAGCAUUUGAUGCGGAGCAAUAUCAAUUCGGAAUUUUCGGCGGGGGCGUUGUGGUGCAACAAUGGGACGUUAGCAUUACGGCGAAUCGACACCGGUAAGAUAACAUUCGAAGGUUGUCUCUCGGACGAAUACUACAAAGUCCGAAAUGCUCUAUACGAGCAGUAUGCUAUUGUUUGAGUGAACAAAUAAUAAUAAAACUUUAACUCGUAGAAAUAAAAUUAAAAAAACGAACGCA